AUGAAAGACACGCAAGCCAUGGAGCGGCAAAGCAUUUGCUUUCCCUUCCAUGGCACACAGGACGUACUUCAACAUGGAGAUUCGGGAUUCAAGGAGGAGAUCGAUCGUCUCUAUUCCCCGGCUGAGAACAAUGCGCUGGAGUCUUUGAUCGCAUUGAAAGCCAGUCUGAAUCAUCUUUCGACCGACGACUUCUGGACCGCAGCGACGGAGGGCAUAUCGUCGUUACUGGGCGCCGAGAUAUGCUUUAUCAUGAAGCGGAUUCUGGUCGAUGAUCAGGAAUCUGCGGUAGAGAUGCCUCCACUCGGCGAGCCCGGUUCCUGCAUGAUGGCCGCUGCUCUACACUACUGCGGGAACGACGGUACUAAGGAAACGUACAAAUCAACCCGAUUCCAUGCAUACGGAUGCCCUUGCGCAUACAUGCGACACGACAAGGUGUUUGUCAUUCCGGACCGACUCAACGACUUCAUCACGAACAAUCCCAACCAGUUGCCUACGCCAUGCGAAGCCUACAUUGCAGUGCCAUUGUUCGAGCAAGGAAAGUGCUUCGGCCACUUUGGCGCAAUGUGGUCGGUAGAGGGCGCCGCGAAAAGGAAACUCUCGUGGGCAUUCAUCGAAAUGAUCAUGCACGCCAUGGAAGACAUGAUCGCGCAGAGGUUCUCGGCUGGCGCCAAUCUCGUUCGCGCGCCGGCGGCGGAGGGAAGCAGAGUCAUCCCGCACGACGUUGUGACCCUCGCCCAGUCACUUCGGCCGUACGCAGGCAGUCUUUCACAUGAAUUGCGCACGCCCAUGCAAGGAAUCGUAGGUAUGCUGGAUGUCAUGUACGCGACUGUACAAGAUGCUGUCGAAGGGCAGAACGAUCCAACGCUUAGAAAGGUCUUUGAAACGUUGAAGGCGAACAUUGAGAUUGUUCAGGAUAGCUCUCGACGAGCAGUUGAGGCUGCAGAUAACGUCGUGCACGCCUAUGAUAUGGACAUGGCCAUUCCGGAAGCACCGCCGACUCUCUUGGAUGAACCAAGUCAUGAAUCUCAUGAUUCAAUGUCGCCGGCUCCGAUGAACUACGAACGAAGACCAGAGAUCUUGGUUGCAGGCAGCAACUUGCCACUGUCGCGGCCGAAUAAGAGAAGACGAGAAGAGGCGUUCUCACGAACGGCAAGUACGGGUUCGAUGAAGGCGCCACGACUGGGGCAAGACUCUUCAAACACAAAUUGUCGAUGCGCCGCGCCGAUAGUUGCCGCUCAAAAGGGACUAGCAGAUGAAGAGGAAGGCGACGAUGUACUCCCGACCAACGAGCUCAGCUCUGCGAACGAGCUGCUAGCUCCGUCUAGUCGUAUGAUUGCGCCAGGUCUUCGACACACAAACCUCGGCGAACUCGUACAAUCCGUGAUCAACGACAGCUUGAAGGUUGGUGGACGACCAGACUCAGCGUUUGCCCAAGAGACGGAGCUAGGAGAGAUUAUUGAAGUACGCACGAGAGGCUCCGACGGGUCAGCUGGACACAAGAAUAUCGAGUGGAGCAUUGAUCCGAGCGUGCCCAGCACAUUGUUCAUCGACGAGAAGGACUUGAGCAAGCUGAUAUCAUGCUUGAUACUGAAUGCGAUCAAAUUUACCGACUCGGCGAACGGUCGAAUCACCGUGCAUGCUACGAUGAGUCGUCGAUCGCGAUACAUCUCGAUCAAAGUGUCGGAUAAUGGUCAGGGCAUUCCAGCGGCGUUCUUACCGAAGUUGUUCAAGCCAUUCUCGCAAGAGAAUGCAUCCACUACUCGCUCAAAUGAAGGUCUUGGACUCGGAUUGAUGGUAGCGAAGGGUAUCGCAAGGAAGUUGGGAGGCGAUUUGAUGUGCACAAGAGCAGAGACCAGUGGCAUGACACGUGGAACGGAUUUUGAGAUAAAAAUACCACUACAGGCGGGAGAGACAAUCAGCAGGCCUGGCUCGCCUUUCAGCUCACCCAUGCCACGGCAGGCCCAGCUGCACCUGGACUCUGCACACAUCCGACCUCUGCCGCCGGCACCAUCCAGCCCUCGAGGACUCUCGCGUGCUCUCCAUGACGCAGUUGGCCCUCCACUCUUCUACUCGCCUCUCCCGGGCAUCUCGCACCCGCGUACACCUCCCUCACCGAAGCAUUGUAUGGAGCUUGCCGCGAACGUCAAUCCGCCCAUUAUCGCCAACACCCCACCCUCGCCAACGAGCAGCAACGAUACCGCGCCGAGACCGAGACAUCGCCGCCGCUAUCGGAAAUCAGUCGGCUCUAAUGCCGCCAUUGACCGCGACCUCGCCACGAAAUACCCGCUCAACUUUCUCGUCGCCGAAGACAACAAGAUCAACCGCAAACUUCUAGUCAGCAUGCUUUCCAAGUUCGGGUACAAGAACAUUCUCGAAGCCCAUGAUGGCACUGAAGCAGUGCGACAAAUGAGCGUCGCCAGGUCUCCCGCCGAACAGGUCGAUGUCGUCUUGAUGGAUUUGUGGAUGCCGCUUAUGGAUGGGUACGAAGCCACCCAGCGGAUCCUGGGCAUGGACGCGGCGAGACUUGAGCAUGGCGCGGUCGUCAAGCGUCCAACAGUUCUGGCUGUCACUGCUGAUGUUACGGAUGGCGCGCUGGAACGGGCGGCACAGGUCGGCAUGAAAGGAUACAUGACGAAGCCUUACAAGUUGAUGGACUUGCAGAGAUUGAUUACGGAGUAUUGUGCGCGCAGUGAGAUUCAGACUCAGGAAAGCGAGAAUGGGAAUGUAGAGAGUGUCGCUCAGGGCGUGACGAUUGAGGCUUGA